AUGAUUCAAGAGAGAUUAAUGUAUUACUUAUCGGAGCACCCAUCGAUCGUCAAUUUCCGAUGGAACCAUACGCAAUCGUGGGGCUCCACCUGGUCCUUCCUCUUCACCUCCAUCUCCGCCUACAUCCUCCUCUCCCUCCUCCUUAAUCUGCUCCUUUUCAACCGCCGACGGCCGGUCCCUCUCGGCCCUAUCCCUGCCAUCCACUCCCUAUCUAUGGCUCUCAUCUCCGCCACCAUCUUCACCGGCAUCCUCUUCUCCGCCGCCGCCGAGAUCCGAGACACACGAUGGUUCUGGCGCCGGAACAAAACCACCGCGUUUCAAUGGCUACUUUGUUUUCCGUUAGGUACGCGACCUUCCGGUCGCGUAUUCUUCUGGUCGUACAUCUUCUACCUAACGCGAUUCCUUCACACGCUUCGCACCUUCAUCGCCAUUCUCCGUCGCCGGAAACUCUCCUUCUUCCGCCUCUUUAACCACUCCAUCCUCAUCAUCAUGUCCUUUCUCUGGCUCGAAUUCUCUCAAUCGUUUCAAAUCCUCGCGAUCCUUUUCACAACAUCGAUCUACUCAAUCGUGUACGGAUACAGAUUCUGGACUGCGAUCGGUCUCCGGAGCGCCUGUUUCCCGUUCGUAAUCAAUUGCCAGAUGGUUCUAUUAGGUUGUAACCUCAUCUGCCAUAUCGGAGUUCUUCUCCUCCAUUUGAUGAAAGGCGGAUGCAACGGAAUUGGUGCUUGGGGGUUUAACUCUGUAUUGAACUUCGCCAUUUUGUUCCUGUUCUUAAAUUUCUACGUGAAGAGUCAUCUGAGGAAGAAGACGAAGACGUCGAGAUCCUCAUCGGAGUACGGCGACGACGAGGGUUUGAAUCUGAAAUCCGAUUCCAGUACUGCAAUCAUGGAUUUGAACCCGAUUGGUUGUACCAAAAUCAAAGGCAUUUGAAAAGGAAAGGUGCGUGGCUGAUUCCCAUAUCUUUCCACCUCCUCUUUAUUCUUCUUUUACCAUAAAUAUGAACAUAAAUUGUACAAUAACACCAAAUGCACAUAGUAAUGUUUAUGCUGGCAAUGAAUUUUGUAUAAUCGUUGAUCGGAAUGAUUAAUAGCUCUUGAAUUUGAAUCCAAUACUUGAUCGGAGAGUUUUCAUGGAAA